AUGACUGUGCAAGCGUGUGUUUCCACGGCUGUCAAUGGAACAGUGAACAGUGAAGGACUAUGUGUCUGCACAGUGAUAUUGCCUGAUAACACAUUCCCAGUGGAAAAAAUGGAAUAUUUGGAAGCAACAACAACAGAGCUGAGUAUCACUGUCCAAAGUGAAAUCAGCAAGGUACAACAAUACGCACAGAUUAUCUCAGUCCACAUGGUGAAGCUGCGGAAUCUGACCCAGCGAGUAGAGAGAAUCGAGACAGGAGGCUCCUACACCCAGCUCGACUUUGAGCUGCUCAAGCUGGAGAUCCAAGAGCUGGUGUCACUCACCAAUCAACUGAAGGUCACGAUCAACGGAAGCAACACCAUCAUCGACCAGCUUUACAUAGAGAUUCAGAACAUAUCAAUCAUCGUGCACCAACUGGAAUCAUAUGACAAGAACAACGUCCUGCAGAUCCGCAAGGAGAUUACAGCACUGAAGGAGCGACUGGCAGAGUGCGAGAAGAACCAGGUUCCAACAACCCCUCCAUCGAUUGAUUACGGGAGCUGCAAGCAUGGUGGACUCCUCAAUAUAACCAAGCCUUUUGUGACACAGCUGAACUGGCUGGGAUCAGGUUACAAAUAUGGAGCAUGGGGCAAAGAUCCUGCUCCUCUACCCACUAAAAAUGAACUGUACUUUGUGUUUGCAGACAACUAUGAAUACCGAUUUGAUACCUUCCAACUACAUACUUCAUACGAUGAUUUACUAAUCUACAAAAAUGGAAUUAACAAAAGACUUGGGUAUUAUAGCAAUUACAACAAUGCGCAGGGAGGUGGGAUGGUUUUAUACAACAACUCCUUGUAUUAUAACUGUUACAACAGUAGGCAAAUGUGCAGGUUUAAUGUAGACACGGAGGUGCUGGAGAAAUCAACAUUGGCAAAUGCAGUCUACACCAACCGAUUCUCUUAUCAGGGUGUUAGUUACCAGGACAUGGACUUCUCUGUGGAUGAAACUGGCCUGUGGGUCAUUUACUCCACUGAACAAAAUGCUGGGAAUAUUGUUAUCAGUAAAAUUAACACUACAUCUUUCACUGUGGAGAGGACGUGGGUCACUAGACAAUUCAAACCUGGUGUGACCAAUGCCUUUAUGGUCUGUGGGGUGUUGUAUGCGAUUAGACCAGUGAGCACACGGGUGGAGGAGAUUUUCUAUACGUUUGAUACCAGAACUGGUGAGGAAGGUACACUUGCUAUAAAGAUGGAUAAAAUGAUGGAGACAUUACAGAGUGUCAGCUACAACCCCUCUGAUCACAAGCUGUAUGUCUUCAAUGAUGGCUACCAAGUGAGUUAUGAUGUGAUAUUCAAACCUGAUCAAUAA